AAUUAAUCAAUAUGGAUGUUUCAAGACCAAUGACUACUCCCACAAAAUCUAUUUUUUCUGAUUAUUUAAAAAGAUAGAGUCAUAGCUAAAGUAGAUUACAUUUCAGAACUUUAGGAGAAUCUAAGAAUGAAGAAACAAAAAAAAUAUUAUCUGAUUUUAUUGAAUAAAGCAAGCAAAGAAAAUGUAAGAGCAAUAAAAAUUUUAGAAACUAAUUAAUUCUUAAAUUCUCGACAGAGAACUUCUUAAGAAAUGCUAUAAAGUAUAGUGUCUCAUUCAUCCUCAACAAAUAAACUUUAUGUACCAUUUUAAUAAGACUUUGUUAAAAGAAAAAAUAAUUCAUUUGGUAGCUUUGAAAAGGUUGGAUCGACAAGUAGAAUCGGAAAUAGAAGAUAGCAAAUUAUUUAAACUGAGUAAUUAUUUCAAUCUUAGAUCACACCUUUAAAUAGGUAAGAAUAUUUAGAUAAAAUGGAAGAUUUUAUUACAGAAAUAUUAACAGAAGAAUUUAAAGAAAUUUCUUCAUUGUUUACGACUUUCAUGAAAUAAUACUAAUUAUUCAUAGAUGAUUAUUAAUUAUAAUUAUCUAUAAAAGAAAAAUAACUUGAAUUAGAUAAUCUUACAGAUUUUGAAAGAAUGAGUAAUAAAUAUUCAAAAACCAGUUAAGAGUUUGAAAACUAAAUUAAAUUACUCAAUUAAAAUGUAGAAUAAUAUUAAAUAGAUAUUCAUAAAUUGAAAACAGAAAUAUAAGAUUAAGGUCGUAAAUAUAAAGAGCUUCGUUAAAGAUAUGAACUUAAAUAGAGAGAAAUAGACAUUAAAAAUAAAAAGAUUAAAUCUCUUGAAUGUGAUAUUUAAUCUUAAUAAAAGAAAAUUUAGUAUUAUGAAAAUAAACUUUAAUAGACUUUUGGAAAAGAAUAAAUGACUGAUAUUAAAUAAUCUUAUUAAGAAAACGUUUAGAAAAAAAAUAGUACUUCUAAUAUAAACAUAUAGUAGACAUCAACAAGUAAUAAUUUGAUUCCCAUUAGAAAUAGUUUAAAAAAAGUAAGUAUAGUUACUAUCUUAAAUUCUCCAAUCAAUUAAGCUACUGAUUUAUAAAAAAAGAAAUCAACAACUUAAAAGUCUGAUUCCAGCAUAGAAUAAUUAGAAGAAGAAGUCGAGGAUUAAGACAAAUUAAAUCAAAUAGAAUUAAAUUAUGAUAGAAUUAUUGAAUAUAGAACAAGUGAAACUCAAGUAGAGAAUGAUUUGUUUGAUAUGUAUUGUAAAACACUUGAUACAUAAACUGAAUUAACUAUGAUAGGUGUUAAUUAUGAUUCAUUAAAGUAAGACAAUCUUGAAAAUGCUAUAAAAUACACUGAAUUUAUUCAAGAUGCAAAUAAUAAAGGGGAAUCUUAAUAAGAAUAAAAUUUAGAUAAAAUGCUUGAUCUAUUAUUAAAAGAUGCAGAAAAUUCAAAUACAUUAAAUGGAAUUCCAAAUAUUCAAACUCAGAUUCAAAGUACCAAAAGACUUUCUGUCUUAGGAGUAACAUCAAAAGAUUCAAUCAAUUUUGAAGAUAGUUCUCUAUUAAUAAAUAAAAAUAAGUAAAAAAAAGAGUAAUAAAUUAAGUAAUUACAUACAUUUUUUAAUUACUCUAAAACUAGGUUAGCUGAGUUAUCUGAUGAUAUUGAUCAAAAGAAAAUUAGUAUAGUAUCUCUGUAAUUUUAGAAUGAAAAUCUAUCUAAUCAAAUUAAACAAUUAUAAGAUGAAAUUCAAAAAUUAAAACUUUAAUCUAUUGAUGAUAGAAUUUUGAUCUAAGAAUUAAAGACCAAAUAAGAACAUUCAUCUAAUGUUUAACAUAUUAGUACUGAAUAAAAUUUAAUAUCUUCUUAGCCUUAAGUAUAAUCAAAUGAUCAUAAAUAAACAAAAUAAUAAUAAUAAGUCAAAAAAGCAAUUAAAAAUAGAAUACCAUAAUUAGGUUAAAAGGUAAUAAAUAUUUUUAUUAUAGGUUACAAUAUCUUAUGAUUUUUAAAAAAAUUAGUCAAAAUUAUUAAUAGAUAAAGUCAAAGCCAAAAAUAUGUCAAAAUUUACAAAUUUUUUACCUUUAAAAGCAGUACUUAAAUAUAUUAAUACUUUAUAUUUUGAUAAAAUUCAUAAUUAGAAAGAAUAAAAAUAAUUAAAAGAUUAGGAUAUGUCUGCAUUUAUUUAUAAUUACUAUAUGCAGUAAUUUGGUUAUACUAAAGUGACAGAAUAACGCUUUAUGAUUUUAGUUCUUUCAAUAAAAAAGAAUGUAAAAUUAGUGAGGGUCAAUGUAUUUGCUAAAUUUAUGGGUUUAUUUGAAGAAAAUUAAAAUUAUAGUGCAAAUGAAUAAUAAAGGUAUUUAGAGGCUUUAGAGUAUGUUACAAAUUAAUAAAAUUUGGGAAUUACAAUAAAAGAUAAUGAAUCCGAAAUAAGAUAUUUUAUUCCUUAUGUUAGGGCAUUGUCAUAUUUAUCUUAACUUUAAUAAUAUAAUUUUUCUCAAGAAGAAUUUAAUUAUUUAAAAUCAGAAUUUGAAGAACUUAAAGAAAAUGAUCCAAAAGGAUAAAAUAAGAUGGGAAUAAUAGAUUUUGAUUUAAUGAUGAUUAGAGUGUUGUAAAUAUUUAGGAAUAAUGUUGAGAAAACUAAAGCAUAUGUUAUAAAUGCAUUUGCUGCAAGUGAUUUAGAUGGAAAUGGAAUGUGUAAUAUUGAUGAAUGGCUUUUGUUGAAUAGACAUAUUGAAGGAGAGAAAUAUGAUGAAGAUAAAUUGGUUGAUGCAUUUGAAGAAAAUGCAGAUUUAAUUAUAGAGGAAGAAAAGAACUUAUCUUUUGAAACUUUUUCAAUCUUAUGCAUGAGUCUAGAACUAUUUAGUGAUGCAGCUUAGAAUAAAUUUUUAAAAGUACGAAGUAAAAUUUAUAAAUAUAUUGAGAUAAUUAAGAUGUACAAAUUAGAUUUUAAUAAUUAUAAGAAAUGUGGCCAGAAGAAUAUACAAAAUGCUUGUAAAAAUUGAAUACAUCUGACCUAGAAGAAUAGGAAAAGUAAAAAUGGAGUACAAUAUUAAGCGUACUUAAUGAUAAAAUAUUAUCUAAUCCUUAAUAAAAUAAGCCUCUUUUAAUUGCUCAUAAAAUAUUUAUUGAAGAAAUUAAAUGA